AUGCGAAGAAUUGAAUACGGAAUGUUAUACGAGCACCAAUUACAGAAACCAUUCGUCUUCUCGAAGAAAAAAGAUAGUAAUUUAUUCGACAGACAAUCAAGAAACCCGAAGAAUAAUUAGAGGUGAUUAUUUUCCAAGUCGUCCGUUUUAAAUCCUUCGUGUUAGGUUUAUUACUGUUUGAAACACUUGAAAAAAAUGGCCAAGAAAUAAUAAAAGAAAAAUUAAAGGGGAAAGAAAAAAAGUUAUUUCAGUGUGGUAUUUUUCAAAGAGAAUGAUCAAACUUCUUUUCUUACAAAAUAUAUAGCAGUUUUAUUACUUCUUAUUGAGAUUUGUUCUUAUUGAGAUUUGUUUUCAAAGUAAAUGGUAAUCUUUUAUUUCACAGUUUACACGUCAAUAAAGUAUUGGAUUGAACAAUACAGAUAAUAACUGCGGUACAAUUUUUCGAGAUCCGUUGCGUCCGAAAUAUCGACACCGAAUGUGUGUUCUUCGGUUCUCAGGUAGCAAUGCAGGAGGUCGAUCAUCAGCGGUGACAACAGGAUCGGUUCAAAGAAGCACCGUCACGUCGAGCAAUCGCGCGCACUCCGCGACAAGGAGGAUCAACCGUCAGCAACAGCAGGAACAGCAGCAACCACAGCUACAGCAACAGCCAAGGAUACCCUUGGGAUCCUUACGAAGCUCGGAUGAGCACGGGUCAAGGGCCAGCUCGGCACAGGACAGUUGCGAUAACUCGAACGACUCUGGGCUCGGCUUCGAGGACCGUCAACUGCACCUCACGAACGCAAACGCUUGGAACGGCGCCGGCGAGGAGGACUCGAAAAGAAGGAAGAUGGACAUCAAACUCGAGUCCGAGGACGCGAACUUUGCGUUCCCGGAGGUGGCGCACACGACCAGCCCCGACAGCAAGACAGCUAGCAGAGGCACGUCCAAUGGAAUCGGGGGAUUGGCCACGAUCUCCGGAAACCGGGCAGGAAAUGGAGCUGCGGGCAGAGUGGUCGAGGUCUCGAGAUCUCGUCCGGGCUUAAGUGUCCUUGCUAAGAGGACCCAGCAAGGUCCUGUCACUCUCACCUCUCAACUGUGCAGCGCAUCCACAGAUGGGAAGGUGCAAUUGCAGAUCAUCUGCCAGCCAGAGCAGCAGCACAGAGCUCGCUAUCAGACGGAAGGGUCGCGAGGUGCAGUGAAGGACCGAACGGGAAAUGGAUUCCCGAUCGUUCGCCUCGUUGGUUACGAGAAACCGACCACCCUUCAAGUUUUCAUCGGCACGGACCUCGGCCGUGUCGCGCCUCAUAUGUUCUACCAGGCGUGUCGCGUGAGCGGCAAGAACUCGACGCCAUGCAUCGAGCGAAAAAUCGACGGCACGAUCGUGAUCGAAGUGGACAUGGAUCCAGCGAAGGACAUGAUGGUCACGUGUGACUGCGUCGGUAUCUUGAAAGAGCGGAACGUCGAUGUGGAGCACAGAUUCCCUCAGGAAGCCGGUGUGCUCCAAGGACGUAGCAAGAAGAAGUCGACCCGAUGUCGUAUGGUUUUUCGUACAACGAUCAGCCAUCCCGACGGUGCGUCGGAAACUUUGCAAGUCUGCUCGCAACCGAUCGUUUGCACUCAACCGCCGGGUAUACCAGAGAUCUGUAAAAAAUCACUCACAUCCUGCCCGUGCACCGGAGGAUUAGAAUUAUUCAUACUCGGCAAGAAUUUCCUGAAAGAUACUCGCGUGGUGUUCCAACUGGACAACGACGAUCUGUCGAGUAGCUUGGAGCCGCAUUGGGAGUGCGCGGUCCUGCCCGAUAAGGAAUUUCUGCAGCAAACUCAUCUGGUUUGCGUGGUACCUGCCUAUAGGCGGCAAGAUCUGGCACCCUCGGAAACCGUCAGCGUGAAAUUGUACGCGGUAUCGUCUGGAAAGACGAGCGAACCUCACACAUUCCUCUACACGGCUGCAUCCACGCCACCUGAGCCAUCCGUUGGCAAAAUCGAGCCAAUAACUCCACCUUUGUCCACCACUAACGGCGAUACAGCUCUAGCAACGUCUCCUGUCGCGGUGUCUCUAACUACAGGUGUAUCAUCGAACACUUUGAUUACACAAGCAGCCGCAGGGACACCGAAUUUCUUGACCACUAUACAGCCGCAGCAAUCAACGUCGCAAAAGACGGAAGCUCUUAAGAGCGAUCCGAGCCCGCCACCGGUGACGGCAUCCUCUCAGGUAACGCCAGUUAUGAUAUGGGCUGCGCAAAGUCCAAAUUGCCAAAAUUCAUCGCCUGACGUGAUGAUGCCGCCGCCAGCAUUGGUAGCGAAUCCGCUUUUGAAUCGCAGAUCGUCUUCGAAUCUUCAAUUAAUUCUGCCAGAUAAUUUGAAGACCGAGGUACUAGAUGAAAAUAGCGAGAACAGUAUGAUUAGCGAGAACAGCAUGCAAAGCAUACCGACGCCGACUGCGAACGGCUCGAAUGGCGCCAGCCCGUUGCAACAGCUCGUCAGCGAGGGCUCGAGGGAAACGCCGCAGGCUAAUAUGAUCAGAUCGGUUCCUGUUGCGGCGAACAGUUCACCGGUGCAGGAGGCGGUGAAUCUCCUCGGCGUGGCGGAUCUAAUGCGAAACCCGCACCCGUUGUCGAUGGUCACGGCACACCAGAACACCUUCGGAGGUAUGCACGAAUCGUCUCAAGUCAAAGUUCUAAGUCCUCAUCAUAUCAACAAAGAAACUAACCCGAUGUUGCCGACAGAAGGCAGUCCUAAUGGAGGAAGUCUUCAGGCUGGCGGUGUUGUCGACCUUCGCAUGAAGCAUCACCAAUCGGAUUUCGGUACAUUGACGAACUUUACCGCUACACCGAACGGGCAGCUACCUGCGCAGAGCGGGCAUAGCGUAGAGAAAUAUCUCAACCAUAUUGAAUCGAACGUGAAAGAUGCUGCUGAGAGCCAAGAGAACGGAUUCGUAGGUGGCCUACAACAACGAGCUUCCAUUAUUACUACAGGACGGCAGUCUCAACAAGGACAAGCUUCCAAUAUUUUAGCUUCUCCCCCUCAAGGCGUCAAGUUAGACACCCUCGUCAGUUCUGGCGCUGAAUCUCAUCAGUUGGUGUCGCCGCUGCGUACCGUGAAUCCCAACAGUAAUACCAUAAUGAGCCACGUGUCCGCAAUUACCGAUCACGAAACGAUCUCCAGUCCACAAAAUAAAGCUAGCCCACCCAUUCCUGUCAAGGCGAUGCUUCUCGAAGCGUUGAUGCCGCCUCAAACUGUGCCACCGUUGCCAGGAAAUGGCGCGACGUCUGUCUCGCCGCCAUCGUCGGUAGUCGCCGAGCAAACUAACGACGACAGUCUGCUCACUACGAUCAACGCCGCCCUUUUACCGCCGAUGCAGGAGUCGCCCGUGACUGCGACCGGUACGUCGAAUUCUAAUGUUAGUGUACCGUCUCAUAAUCCGUUACAAGUUACGAGCGAGAGUAUGUCGACAGCGUCGGAGCACAUUCCGCAGAUCCCUGGUCUUAUACAGCAAGAUGUUGUAGCGAUGCAACAGGUGCAACAGGUGGAACAGGUUGUCGCGCAGGCACAGCAGCAGGUUGAACAAGUUGUCGCGCAGGCACAGCAGCAAGCGGUGCAGGCUGUACAACAGGCGCAACAGCAAGUCGUUCAACACGUGGUGCAACACGCCCAGGUUGUUCAACAGGCUGUGCAGCAGGUGCAAGCGGUACAGCAAGUUCAAGCUGUACCGGCUGUUCAACAGGCGGUGCAGCAAGCCACGCAGGAAGUGGUUCAGCAGGCGGUGCAGCAAGCUACGCAGGAAGUUGUGCAACAAGUUCAAGCGGUUCAGCAAGCGGUGCAACAAGCGCAAGCGGCUCAAGCGAUGCAACAGGCGGUGCAGCAAGAUAUCGGUUCCAUGUUGAAUCAGCCUGCAGGUUUCGUUGCUGAAGCUAGUUCCGCUUUAGCCAGUGGAGCGGCCCAGGAACCGUCACAACAAAGGCUAACCAAUGCUGCAGAACAAGCGAUCAGUAGUGUAAUUACUAAUGCUACUCAAGAUAUUAUUAACAAUCGACCCAUUACUACGACAACCGCGCAUGCCAUUAUCGCAACGAAGAAUAUAUUAAAUAGUGUGGCCACUCAAAGUGCCCAAUUGAUGAACAGUGCUAUGGAGGGAAUUUUGCCUAAAUCACCUUCCGGCCAAAGUAAUAUCGUCGAACAGGUGACCAGCAAGUCACCGCCGGUUGCCUUGCCUGUGACGCCCAACAGACAAAAUGUAAACCCACCUAUAGCGAACGCGGCUAAUAGUGCAAACGGUACAACGGUUAGAAAGCAGGAAGACGGUAUGUUGCCUCAAGAGCUUACCUCGAUGUCGGAUCAUGAUCUGUUAAGCUACAUAAAUCCGAGCUGCUUCGAUCCUCAAAACGGUUUUCUUGUGUAG